UUUAUAUAUAGAUUUUUCGGUCCUUAAACUUUUGCUACUUAUAGCAAGUUACUAAGUUAGCGAAUUAAUAUUAUUGGUUUGCUUACUUGUUAACUACUUGUCACUUAAAACCACACUUUAAUAUGUGUUUCGUAAAAUUAGAUACAAGAAUACAUUAAAACAUCAGUUUUUGUCUUAAGUAAAUCACAUCUCAAUUCUCUAAUAGCGCCCUCUUUGAUUUUGUUUAUAAUUAUAAAUUCGAAAUUAUAGAAUAUUUAAAUUAAAAUAAAUUUUUUUUCAUAUAAAAUAUUUAAUUCCAAUCAAAUUAUUAUUCAAUUUUUAUGAAAUGGAAAGGAUUAUAGUAAGAGACAAAUACGUAUUACAGAGAAAACACGUCGAGCCUCCGCUGUGGAAAAAAUGGCAGAAGUUGGCCGAAAGAGAAGGGCUUAGAAGAACCACGUUUUUUCUUAAUGGAGAUCGAUACGUUGGAGAAUGGCAUAAUGACGUAAAGCAUGGUGUAGGUACAUAUUGGUACAAAAAGAAUGGGGAAGUUUAUAGUGGCAAUUGGGUUAAAGGAAGAAGAUCAGGUUAUGGAACUUUAUCUAUACCUCAUCCAACAAUUGAAAAUGAAAAUUGGAAAUAUUAUGUAGGAGACUGGAAAAAUGAUAAACAACAUGGUUAUGGAAUAUGUUAUUUUACAAAUGGUGAUGUAUUUGAAGGCCAAUGGAAAUAUGGUAAAAUGUGUGGCUGGGGAAGAAUGAUUUAUCAUGAUGGAAGUAUUUAUGAAGGAGACUGGCAAAAUGGUACACGUAAUGGAUUAGGAACAUUUAAUUCAGGAAAUAAUUAUAUAUAUAAUGGAUCCUGGAAAAAUAAUUUGAAGGAUGGAUCUGGAGAACUAAAAUUAAAGGAUAAAGGAAUAAAUAUUGAUGGAUUUUGGAUGGAAGGAUGUUUACGGUGUGGUCUGGUACAAGACGAUAAAGAUAAAUGUUUAACUCCAUAUCAUCCACUACCACUGCUAGAGUUGGCCGACAUAGACGAAGUGCUGAAAAAUGCAAAACAAGAUGUUAUAUUAAGAUACGGAACAAUAUUUGACAACACAAAGACAGACAUAAUUGCACCUGUGGAAACUACUUUAAAGGAAGAAGAAGAAAUAAUAAUAGAAAAAGUAGAAGAAAGUUUAAGUGAAAUUUUUGAAGAAUGUAUGUUUGAAAUAAAAGAAAGUUUAGUUUAUCAGGAAGAUAGCAAAGAAGACACAACAGAGAGUGAUGAAAUCAAAAGUUCAGAUCAUUCAUUAAGUACUUCAUCAGACUUCUCAUAUUGAUAUAUAUUUGUAACCUGAAAAUGUGUUAAAAUCUAUUCUCACAAAAGUAAACUAUAAAAAUUCUAAUUUAUUUAAAUAGUAGUAUU